UAUUGCAGGGAAAAAGAGGAAUGCGAGUAGGAUAUGGACACUGCUGGUUAGUGCAAUUUUAAAAUUCUUCAGUGCUCCUGCGCCGCGAUCAAAGCGAGGCAGACGACACUAAUACUGCGACAGGGAUCUGUGUGGGCAUCAGUAAAAAUAGAAAUUCCUGCUGCGUUCUCCGCAUGCCACGAGUAACUGGGAUCGCUGCACCGCGUCGGGAGAUCCAGGUGACAGACAGUUCGCUAUAAAAAAAAACAGAAUAGGACGUUGCGAUAACGACUGCUAUUCAUGUCAAUGUCAGUACUUUAGCUAACUGAAACUGCGUAACUGGAAAUAAAACGCGUGUAAUAACGUUAUAUUAAGGGGAGAAAGUCACACUGACGUCCUGGUUAUAAAUCGGAAAAAAUACAGUUCCCAACAUGCCCCACAACGCCAAAGCGACGAUGAACGAAAUGGUCAAGUAGUAAAAUACCCCGGCUCUUCCAGAUGCCUAAAGCUUUUCAGAAGGUCGGUGGCUUCAGAAAUUGACUUCAUUUUCUUUUUUCCCAUCCUAAACACACGCCAGCUGCACUGGCCAGAGCAACUGCCAGUCACCUUACUCCAUUCUGUCUCGGAGAGAAGAAUUAACUGCAACGCGCGCAUGCAUGUCAUCCUCUCUAAGUAUAUCUGAGUUAGGAUUUGAUCAGGGAUUGAAGACAGAUUGUCAGAACAGAUCUUUCCCAGGGACUAAUAUCCUUACAGAGGGAGGUCGAAUACUUUAAAAGCAGCUGAUAAACAGAGAGAUAAGGGGAAAGUUUUGAACAACAAUGCCUGCAAAUCAACACAGGUCCAGAACUAGAGAUCGAAACAAUAUUCUCAACAGACCGGAGUUCAUGUCUCUGAACCAACCGCUCAGGACGAACAGCGCGGAGAUGCGCGGUUCCGCAAGGAGACCGGGCCAAGCGGCUAGGCAGCAGCAGAAUCUGCAAGCCGAGCAUCCCCCCCGUGAGCCGGUCGACGGCGCCAGGGAGCGACGGGAGUCACUGAAGCUGCCGGAGGAAGACUGCAUGCAGCUCAACCCCACGUUCAAAGGCAUAGCAAUGAACUCUCUCUUAGCGAUCGACAUCUGCCUGUCCAAGCGGCUCGGCGUCUGCGCCUACACGUCCUCCUCCUGGGGAAGCGUCCGGUCCAUAGUAACGCUUCUGGCGCUCACCGGGCACGGAAUCACGUGGAUCCUCGGGACUCUCCUCUGUCUCACUAAGAGCAACACGUUGGCGGGACAGGAGGUCCUGGUCAAUCUGCUUCUGGCUCUCAUACUGGAUGUGAUGACGGUGGCCGGGGUACAGAAGCUGGUCAAGCGCAAAGGACCAUGGGAAAUACACCCCGGUUUCCUAGACUACGUCGCCAUGGAUGUGUACUCCUUCCCGGCGGCCCAUGCCAGCCGAGCCGCUAUGGUGGCCAAAUUCCUGCUCUCGCACCUGGUGCUGGCUGUGCCGCUGCGCAUCCUGCUGGUGCUGUGGGCCUUCCUGGUGGGCGUCUCCCGCGUCCUGCUCGGCCGCCACCAUCUUACGGACAUGGCCUGCGGCUUCGCCCUGGGCUUCCUGCACUACAGCCUGGUGGAGAUGGUGUGGCUGUCCUCCAGCACCUGCCAGACUCUCAUUUCGAUUGGCACACUGAGCUGGAUCCCCUUUUACUGACGUCGCGCCCUAUGCCCAUCUAUCUCCAUGUCACAGGUGCUGCUCAGCUCCUGAUUCCAUCCCUUAAACUUGUACAACUUCCUGUUUCUCUCCCGUUUCCUGUUUCUCCUUCUUCCAAAUUUAAAAAACAUGUAUAAUUUCUUGCUGAAAUGCACCUCUCUGGUAUAUUAACAUAUCAAAGGAAGCAAAUCUCCAGCACCUUUCCAUAUCUACAUUAAAAGUUCUACUUUCAUUUCCACUCUAAGGCUGAUCACACGGCAAUUGAAUGAUCUUUGAUUUACAAAAAGCUAGAAUACCAAAACCUUAUUAGAUUUCCAAGGGUCUAAAUUAGUUAAAUGCACAGGUUUCUGCAUCUUUCUUUUCAAAAUUUGAGUUUGUAUAGUAAUUCAGGGAUUUAGCUGCAUACAGUUGUCUUACAAAGAUUAAUCACUGAUGCGACUUUUUCAUAAUAAUCAACAUCAUUGCGACCCUGUACUGGAUAUGCAGUUACGGAAGGUGCUUGGAUUGAAUUCUUUAAAUUGCUAAAUGUCUUGUCUUAAAGUUUAAUAUAGUUGUUCCCCAGGAUUUUCGCAGUAAGUUGACGAUAAAACUAUGAUUAGGCGAUUUUAUUUCCAAACAAUAUGCUGGUUUUGAUGCAACAUUAUGUGUUCUGUUUUUGUUUGCUUAGAAUAAACAAUUUUUUUAAUAAUACAUAAUAAGGUCAUGUCAGAACAAAGAAAGGUUUUAUAUACAGUGGCUAAACAAAUUCAUACUGAUUAUGUAGCAAUCUAAACGAACUGAAAAGAGUUUGAAGGAAUUUAAGAAUUUAUGCAAAGUGGUUGGUUUUUUUGCAUGGCGUCUGGAAAUAAACACCUUCCCCAAAAUCCAGAAUUUGUUUAUAGAUGGUGGGGCAGCAUGGUGGUGCAGUGGUUAGCACUGUUGCCUCACACCUCUGGGACCCGGGUUCGAGUCUCCGCCUGGAUUACAUGUGUGUGGAGUUUGCAUGUUCUCCCCAUGUCGUCGUGGGGUUUCCUCCGGAUACUCCGGUUUCCCCCCACAGUCCAAAAACAUGGAGUUGCUAAAUUGCCCAUAGGUGUGCAUGUGUGAGUAAAUGGUGUGUAAGUGUGCCCUGCGAUGGGCUGGCCCCCCCAUCCUGGGUUGUUCCCUGCCCAUUGCUUCUGGGAUAGGCUCCGGACCCCCCGCGACCCAGUAGGAUGAGCGGUUUGGAAAAUGAAUGGAUGGAUUUAUAGAUGGCAAUGUUAGGCAGGGCUCGCAUUGAUAAAGAUUGACAUCUGGCGUAUCAGGAUUAUAAACCAAACAGUCAGACUUUGAUGCUGAUUUGUUCCUCGUCUUCGUGCCUGGUUGAAAACACAGCUUGCUGUGACCUUUUCGCCUUUUCCCAGCAUGCUUUGCUUCUGUGGCGUUGUGGAAGUGUCAGAUUUGACGGUGAUGUUUGUAUAUUGGGUGAAUAUUUUCUGAAAAAUAGAGAAAUGCUGACGAGGUGACAAAAUUGAUAUUUUCAUCUUUAGUGCUACCGUUUUAUAUUUAUGUGAGUGCUGUUUGUUUUUAUUACAGUAUUGUAAUUUUUUUGUUUUGUUGCUGUGAUAUUUUGUGAAGAGACUGGUUUUUAAAGUUACCUUUUACAAACAUAAAAUUACUGUAUUUUAAAUGCUUUGUUACACUAAAUAGCAUUGCUUAUGUUUAGUAGAAAAAUCCCGAACUUAAGACGACUGAUCUGAUUUUUGCCACGCUUUUUAAGUAUGUUAUUUCAGGUUUUAAGGAUCUAAAGCAUCCACUUUAGUGGGAUUUUCAGUUUGCUGUUGACUCUGCCGAAUUUCACUGGUAUUUGUGCAUGUGUGAUGGAAAAGUAACAAAGUUACACCGAGUUGCAUGUGUUUGUGUAUGAGAUUUGAUGCCCGUUUAGUUUGGAAAAGCGUCAUAAUCUGACACGGGUGACGUAUGCACGAGUGUUCAGGGUUUAUUGCCAAUGCCUCAGGAAGAAAUUUAAACUAUCUGCUCGAUGUGUAACCUCAAAGCUAACACGAUUUUACUUUAUUCACUGUAAUUAAUAUUUACCGUUAAUAAUUGUUUGUAUGAAGUACUGAGAAAUUGUUUAUGGUUACAAUGUCUUAAUCCUCUUUAUCACAAUAAAUUAUGAUGAUAAUAAGUUAA